CUAAAUAGCUCAGAUUAAGUGAGAGUUCUCGUUAUCAGCAGAAACCUUUGUGAUAUAGAACCAAAGCUAAGCUAGCAUUAGCUGCAAACCAAAAAUGGAGAUUGAAAAAAUUUCUGAAAGAUUCAUUAAACCCUCUUCCCCAACACCUCCUCAUCUUAAAACCUACAAGAUUUCUCUAAUAGAUCAGUUUCUAAUGUAUGGUAUCGACAUCCCCAUGCUCUUCUUCUAUUCCAACCAACCUGCCAAUCCCAUUGCCAUUGAUGAUUUCAUCUCAAAGAGAUCACAAUUGCUGAAGCAAUCUUUGUCCGAAACCUUAAUACAUUAUUACCCACUUGCAGGAAGAAUUAAAGACCACCUUUCUGUUGAUUGUAACGAUGAAGGUGUAUGUUACGUGGAGGCCCAAGCUAAUAUUACUUUAUCUGGAUAUUUUAGCCAACCUGAUUAUCUCACUUUAAUGGACAGCUUGUUGCCAAGACAGGUCAGUUGCUCUGCAUCAUCCCCCGGAUCAUAUGUUGUCACGAUUCAGGUAACCACCUUUGUAUGUGGUAGCAUCACUAUUGGUCUGUUUGGUGCACACAUGAUCAUGGACGCAGCCGGGUUGAUUUCGUUUGUGAAAGCUUGGGCUGCCACUCUGUGCAACUCUAGAAAAGAAACCGCAACUCCCAGUUUUCACGGAGCAUCUAUUUUUCCACCAUAUGAUGCAUUCCCGAGAGAUGCAACUAUGGCAUCUUUUGAUGAACCCUUUCUCAAAACAGGGAAGCUUGCUGCAAGGACGUUUGUGUUUGACGCGUCGACUAUUUCCAAUCUCAAGGCCCAAGCUACCAAUUCAAGCGUGGAAAACCCAACACGGAUUGAGGUGGUUUCUUCAUUUCUUUUUGAAUGCAUCUCGGCUGUCCUCAGGGCAAAGUCAGGUACUGAUAAGCCAUUUGCAUUCACGUUUCUUGUGAGUUGGAAGCGAAAAGCUAUACCACCACUGCCAGAAAACUUAUUUGGAAACUUUAUUUGGAUGGCCUCUGGUCUAUCCUCCCCUGAGCAAACUAAACUAUCUAGUUUAGUGUGCAAAGUGAGGGAAACAAUAAGUAAAAUUGGCACUGAUUUUGUUAAGGAUAUACGAAGUGAAUCAAGUGAUGGAGCAUUCUCAAUGCUUUCUGAGACGAUCACAGGUACUCGUAGAAAAUUUACCAGCUCAACACUUACCAAUGGCGUGAAUUUUGUCAUGGCUAGUAGUUUGUGUAACUUGGGCCUAUAUGAUGUUGAUUUUGGAUGGGGAAAGCCAUUGUGGGUUACUUGCGUUGACGUACCGGUUAAUUCCUCUUCUGCUGAUCAUGAGUUCUUGAAUUCUGUGGCUUUUAUGGAUUCAAGAACGGGGAAAGGAAUUGAAGCAUGGGUAUUCAUGGAUGAAGAAGACUUAGUUUUACUGGAGAAAUAUGAAAAGCUCCUUGCAUAUGCUUCCGCUACCCCAAAUCCUCUGAAACCAGACUUGCACGUUUCUCAUUCAUGAACGAGAAAGAUCUGGACUUUCUGGUAUAUGUUUUCCCUCAAUUCAGAACUCCUCUAUGUAUUUCUCAGAGUUAGUGUCUGGAACUGAAUAAUCAUCUGCUGCCGAGGUCUCCAGCGUUUCGUGCUGCUUUGCGGUGGUACAGUAUUUCUUUGGAUGUCUGAUGGUGUUUUAUUUUCUGUGUUUGGUUUUUCUCCUUUCCCCUGAUGUUAAUUGAUUCAGUAUAAUGUUUUGUAUUGAAAUAAAUUAUGGCCUCGUUAUUCUGCAA